AGAGAGUUCGAACACUCGACCGAUGAUCCCAGCGAGCCGCCAAAGUCGACACUUUUACUACCCCCUCUCUCGCUCUCGCUCUCGCUCUCGCGUCGACACUUCGCGGAUUCGUAUCCAAUCCUUCGAUCCGCCGAUCCCUCGUCCUAGGGUUUAUCGAACAAUCGCCGUACGCUUCCGUCGACUCUAUCGCUCGUCCUCGUUUGAUCAGAUUCCGAUCGGAUUUGGAUCUCCUCUUGCUCUCGCGCGAUUGCGUGGCGUUGCGGCGCGGGGAGCGAUGGAUUUGGUCUCCGAUUGCAAGGAUAAAUUGGGUUGCUUCAGAAUAAAAGAGCUUAAAGAUGUCCUGAAUCAACUCGGUCUAGUAAAGAAAGGGAAGAAACAGGAUCUUGUUGACAGGAUUUUAGCCUUACUUUCUGAUGAGCAUGGUAUAUUUUUGACACUUUUGUCUUCUCCAGAUAGGGUAACAUUGUCAAAUAUCUCUGAUUUGAAUGGUUGUUCAAGAAAAGAUUUUAUUGGAAAAGAAGAAGUAGCAAAAAUAAUUGAUGACACUUACAGACAAAUGCAAGUUCCAAAGGCUACUGAUUCUGCAUCAAAAAACCAUAGUUGCUUAGCAAAUAAUGUGAAGAGUAAGAAAGAAAUAGCUGAUUUUGCUCAGAUAGAUAUAAAGGUUCGUUGCCCUUGUGGUAGCUCAUCGACGACAGAAAACAUGAUUAAGUGUGAAGAUCCACGAUGUAAUGUUUGGCAACACAUUGACUGUGUUAUUGUACCGGAGAAACCAAUUGAGGGUGUUCCACCUGAAGUUCCAUCCUGCUUCUAUUGCGAAUUAUGUCGAAUCAAUAGGGCAGAUCCAUUUUGGUUAACAAUUUGCCAUCCUUUACUUCCUGUGAAAUUAGAUUCGUCCUCUAUUGAUGCAGACAGGGAAACCAUUCUCCAAAGUGUGGAGAAAAACUUUCCACUAUCAAGAUCUAACAGAGAAAUGCUGCAGCGAUCCGAAUUUGAUCUUCAGGUUUGGUGUAUUCUUCUCAAUGACAAAGUUCCAUUUAGGAUGCAUUGGCCGCUAAAUGCAGCUUUAGAUGUUAAUGGUGUUUCAAUCCUUAUAUUUGACAGGCCCCGUGCGAAGGAGUUAGGAAUCAACGGUAGAGAUGAUGGUGCAGUGAUCACUGUGUGCAGCAGGGAAGGUUCUAAUAAGAUAUGCUUAUCAAGAAGCAAUGGUGGAGUCUUUUGUUUUGGUGUCAGAAUUGCAAAACGGCUGACAGUUGAUCAGGUACUCAGUUUGGUGCCAAAGGAAGCAGAUGGUGAAAAUUUCAAUGAUGCCCUUGUCCGUGUUUGUCGUUGUAUCAAUGGUGGAACUGCAACAGAGAAUGCAGACAGUGACAGCGAUAUUGAAGUUGUGUCCAAUUCUGUUACUAUCAAUCUCCGAUGUCCCAUGAGUGGUUCAAGAAUAAAAGUCGCUGCCAGAUUUAAACAGUGUGAUCACAUGGGUUGUUUUAAUCUAGAAACUUUCGUCGAACUCAAUCAACGCUCAAGGAAGUGGCAAUGUCCGAUCUGCAUGAAGAACUACUCUUUGGAGAGCAUCGUUAUUGAUCCUUACUUCAAUCGCAUCACUUCUUUGAUGCAAAAUUGUGGAGAAGAUGUUACCGAAAUUGAAGCUAGGCUAGAUGGUUCUUGGCGCGUAAAGAAUGGAAGUACAUAUAGGGAGCUCUCACAGUGGCAUUCACCUGAUGGUACUCUUUGUAUGGCUAAAGAUGAAGAGCCUAGACCUAAAUCGGAUAUCACACAGCAGAUUAGACAGGAGGGCUCGCGCAUCAAGAAUAAUUAUAAUGAACUGUGGGAGGAUGUCAAGCCUGAAGAAUUUAAGCCUCUGGCCUUUGAAAUUCAGGUGCUAGAGAACUUUGAGAACAAAAACACUAGCUCAAUGAACUGCAGCGCCACUGAUAAUUUCAGAGAUGUGGAAAAUCCAUGUGUUAGUCAAGAGUUCAAGCUCGAUUCUCUUUCUCUUAACUUUGAAAGAGAUCCUGCAGCAACAUCACCAAAAGACGCCGAUGUUAUAAUACUCAGUGACUCUGAUGAAGAGAAUAUAGCUGUGGUGUCUGCCAUAGCUGGCACAACUCUCCAUACUGGUAAUUCCUAUUCCGGAAAUCUUCCGGAAGCUUCUAGAACAUAUGUUGAAGGACCUGGACUAGUGACUAGCAGAACAUCGUCUGUUGAUCUUCUUGACAGUGAUACAGAUGAAUUCAGAGUGCCAUUUUGGGACUACCAGACAUCUCCUCAAACUGACCGUAGUUCCCAAGUACUCAAUUCAUCUAUUGAUGGAUAUGGGCCAAUUUCAGGUGGUAAUAUAGGGCAAACCACACAAAACCCUUUAGUUGCUGAUUUGGCAGGAAGCCUUAUUGAUAACCCUUCGAAAUUUGUUCAGGAAGACCAUUCUUUGGUGGGUCUUCUUUCUAAAGAGCUUGAUAAUGGUAAAAUGAAGGCCACUUAUAAUGACUGUUCUACUACUUCUACUACUACAACAAACUGUGGCAAUUCUGAUAAUUGGAUCUCUCCUGGUGUUGGCGGUGAUAGUGGAUUUACUGAAGGGCUGGAUUUGGGAGGACAGUUUGACGAUUUGGAGAUGGAGAGAUUGGUCAAUGCCGAUGGAGCUUCAAUCCUUGGGAGCAUGAAGUAUGACAGAGUCGACAAGACAAACCCCAAAAGUCAGCCGUCUUUUGGUCCUUUCUCACCUCCUCGCCAGCCACGAUCUGUUCGGCAACGACUGGUUCUAUCAAUUGAUACAGACUCUGAUUAGUUCCCUGCUGAGUCUUAACAAAGGAGGCGAACCCUUUUUUCCUUUUUCGACUAUAAGGGGUUUGACAACCAAGUAAAAUUGAUAGAAGAAAGAGGAAUUUACAGUGAAGGGAAGCAGAGAGAAAGAGAGAGAGAGAGAUACUGGACUUGAAUUUACAGAUGAGGAUAGAUGCUUUCGAGUUUCUGUUGGCUGUAGAAAGAAACUUCUUCGAGUUGCCGUUCUGUUGGCUGUAGAAAGAAACUUCUUCGAGUUGCCGGGUAACUUUUAACAGCCCAUCUUAAUGAGGUCGGUUCGUAAUGGUUUCUGGUCUGCAAAUGGGCACAAUUUAGGCGCCUCCGAGUUGUGAUUAGAUGUUAUUAGCCAAGCAGGUAAGAUUAUGUUUUAAGAUUGGCUAAAAUGCCAAAAAAACAAAUUAUGUAAAUACCUGUUUGUUCAACUCUCCCUGGUUUUUAAAAACUUAUAUUUUGCCCCCUUAAAAUUUCAGAAAUAUUUUUAGAGAAUUAUGGUGUUAAUGGAAAGGGCGAAAUUACUAAAUUGUUCUUACUUGUUUUAUGAGAAAAUUUUUUUUAUUAUAUUUUUGUUAUUUUGAAGGGCAUUUUUGAUACAAAUUAUAAGAAAUAGUAGAAAUAGUAAUGGAAUUCUGACGGAGGGAGGUUAAGUGUAUCAACUUGAAAUUUUGAAGGGAUAAAAUGUAGAUUUUUUAAAGUCAAAAGGGAAAAGUGAAAAAACGAGGUGUUUCUAUAUUUUCAGCCUUUAAGAUUUUAUGUAUUUGAACUGUGGAGGCUUUAUUUUUUCUUCUCUUGUUUGUACGGUGAAAUUCACAUGAUGUAAAUAUGUUUCUCUAACUAGUUUGAAGCAGUUCAUCCUAUUUCUCUUUA